AUGGAGGAGGAGCCGAUCUACUGCAAGGGGGAACACGAGGACGAGUGCCCCGAGCACUACGAGUGCAAGCCCCUCGACGAGUCUGUGUGCAAGGAAGAGAAAGUGUGCUAUGCUUAUCAGUGCAUGAUGAAGAAGCCCGUGUACUGCGACCCCCAUGCCGAGUACGACACCUGCGAAAAGGACCAUGGGUAUGACCUGAUGUGCAUGGAGCUCGAAAAGGAGGAGUGCAAGUACAAGGAAGAGUGCAAAUACGUCAACACUGACUGCAAGGAGUACGACGUGGUGGAGAAGUGCACCUACCACCCUGGGCCGAAGUGCAAGGUCUACAAGCAGGAGAAGAAGUGCGAUAAGGAAAACUUCUGCAAGAAGUACGACCACAAGAAGGAAUGCAAGACGGAGAUGCACUGCAAGAAGUACAACCAGGAGAAGGAGUGCAAGCACGAGAACUUCUGCAAGAAGUACGAGCAGAAGAAGGAAUGCAAGAAGGAGAAAUUCUGCAAGGAGUACAACAAGAAGAAGGAGUGCAAGAAGAUGCAGGUCUGCAAGGAGUACGAGCAGAUCAAGGAGUGCCGCGACGAGUCGUUCUGCAAGAAGUAUGAGAACGAGUGCAAGAACGUCCACGUCGACAGCUGCCAGAAGUACGACGCGUACGGUAACUGCGAGAGCUACUACAGGGAGGAGUGCACGAACAAGUGCGUGGAAUACGGCACCCGCCAGGUGGACUGUAAGUACAAGGACGGCCCCUGCAAGAAGUACGAGACCAAGUACCACGACUGCGUGUACAAGAAGACGACCUGCAAGACCUACGGCUACAAGGAGGUGGACUGCAAGUACGUCGACACCGACAAGUGCAAGGAGUACGGCGUCAAGGAGUACGACUGCAAGUACAAGGACACUUCCUGCAAGGAGUACGAGACGAAGGAAGUGGACUGCAAGUACGUAAAGGCCGGUUGCAAGGAGUAUGGCUACAAGGAGGUGAACUGCAAGUACGUGAACACGGAUUGCAAGGAGUACGAGCAGGUGAAGAAGUGCACUCAGGAGCACAAGGGCUGCAAGGAAUACAACCAGAAGAAGGAGUGCGAGAAGAUCAAAGGUGAGGACAGUACAACAUAUGAGAUAUCAGUGUCAAUAGAGAGAAUAAUAUUCGAGCAGGCAGAUGGAAAAUAG